GGCGGCCCGGCCACCCGGCGCGAUGGCGGAGGAGGUGAGCAGCCUGCUGAAGGCCACGGUCCGGAUGCGGCAGCCCGGGCGCGUGCGGGAGAUCGUGGGCGCCCUCCGCAGGGGCGGGGCCGACCGGCUACAGGUGAUUUCUGAUUUUGACAUGACCUUAAGCAGGUUUGCUUAUAAUGGACAGCGAUGCCCUUCUUCCCACAAUAUUCUGGAUCACAGCAAGAUCAUCAGUGAGGAAUGUCGCAAAGAGCUCUCAGCGCUCCUUCGCUACUAUUACCCCAUUGAGAUCGACCCCCAGCGAACCGUCCAGGAGAAGUUGCCUCAUAUGGUGGAAUGGUGGACAAAAGCGCACAACCUCCUGUGUCAGCAGAGGAUUUCGAAGUUCCAGAUCGCGCAGGUGGUCAGAGAGUCCGCUGCCAUGCUCAGGGAAGGAUAUAAGACAUUCUUCGACACGCUCUACCAUAACGGCAUUCCUCUUUUCAUCUUUUCUGCGGGCAUUGGUGAUGUCCUGGAAGAAAUCAUCCGACAGAUGAAAGUUCUGCACCCCAACAUCCACAUCGUGUCUAACUACAUGGACUUCACUGAAGAUGGUUUUCUACGGGGAUUUAAGGGCCAGCUCAUCCACACCUACAACAAGAACAGCUCUGUGUGUGAGAACUCCGGCUACUUUGACAAGCUUCAGGGCAAAACCAACAUCAUCCUGCUUGGAGACUCCAUAGGGGACCUCACUAUGGCAGACGGGGUUCCUGGGGUGCAGAACAUUCUCAAGAUUGGCUUCCUUAAUGACAAGGUGGAGGAGCGGCGGGAGCACUACAUGGACUCCUAUGACGUCGUGCUGGAGAAGGAUGAGACCCUGGACGUAGUCAACGGGCUGCUGCAGCACAUCCUGCACCAGGGGGAGCGCAAGGAGCUGCAGGGCUCCUGAGCACGCAGGCUGGGGCCCGCUGGGGCGAGGACGUGGCAUGCCACGAGGUCUUUCUGCUGCGUGAGCACAGAGAAAAUUCCAGAGCAGCUAAGAGCCACUGGACCCUUCCUUGCCCUGCCCCAUCCUCCUCCCGUGGCCUUUUCCAAUUCCCCGAGGCUUGAGGGAGGCCCUGCCCUGUGGGAGGGCAGCAGGCAUGACUCCAAGUGAGCCGGGGACCACAGCGAGGUAGCCCUGGGGUUCUUUCUAAGAAAGGUUUUAUUUUGGUCUGAGAAUAUAGCUCAAGUGUAAAGCUUUGGGUUCCAUCCCCAGCAGUACAAAAAGGGAAAGGGAAAAUAAAAGGAAUCUGUGUAUCAGACAAA